AUGUGUGAUACAAUGCCCAGUAGAGAAAUGAUGACUACAUCUGCCACCGCUGAAGAAUCUAAGUUGUUGUCAUUGGAUGUCGAGCAUUUGGUGUCCGAGAUCAAAGAGAAUCUUCGAUUAUCGGGGUUCAAAUCAAGACGUCAUCGUACCCACUUUGUUCGUGCAAAGCCUUACGCCAAGCCAACCGCUUGUGAAUCGUGUUCCUCCGAUAGACGACUGUGUCGAUGUGAUGAUGAAGACUCUCAGGCUAAUGAUGAUCCGUAUGAAAUGCUACAGGUAUUAUUGCGAGAAGGCAGUCUCAUCAAAGAAGCUGUACGUAGAUUACAGAUUGGUUUAUCCCCUAAACAAAGUUAUUAUUAUGAGUCCGAUGAAGAGUCUUCCAGAAGCCCUAAGUUUCGACUAUGUUGA